AUGCACCCCAGCGUGGCUGAUCAGUGCAUUGUUCCCGAGGACGCGGUGGGCUCAGCCGUGCUCCUCGAUGCUAAGGUCCACACCCCUUCACAUACGCCCGCCAGCGAAACCACGAAUGCAAUCGCAGACACGUCCGCCAUCUACUCCGACAUGCCCCCAAAUUCAUCGCUCGAAAUGGUAGAUCAGUGCAUCGUCUGUUUAGAGGACUUGACCACCAAUGUCGACGAGGAUAUCCACGAGCUUCAACAUGGGAAUGAGUCGGCGGGCUCGAUCACCAAGCCACCUACUCGAACCAACCAACAACUCAUUGCCUUGAUCAAACCUUGCGGCCAUAUUUUGCACGACGACUGCCUCAGAGAAUGGUCCCAAAAAGCAAAUAGCUGUCCUUUUUGUCGGCACACAUUCAACUUGGUGGAGGUACUGGAUACCGUUGGUGGUACCGUCCUGUCCGAAUAUGCAGUUGAAGAUAAAAAGCAGGUCGCGUCCACCGAAUUCGACCCUGCAUGGAUUGAAGAUACCGUGGAGGAGGAAGAAAUCAGGCCUUGCCCAGUCUGCGGAAUGGCCCACGACGAAGAUGUCCUCCUUCUGUGUGAUCUAUGCGAUGCUCCAUAUCAUACAUAUUGCAUUGGCCUCUCUUCAGUUCCAGCUGGACAAUGGUUCUGUAUGGAAUGUAUGCACGAGGGAGCCGCAGCAAGAAACGCUGUGCUCAGGGAAGCACUGCAUGAUUCACGCUUCUCCCAAGUUCGUCGUUUCCCCAGGACACAGGGUAGCAUUCGACGUACCCGGGAGCGCGUGCGAGCGGAUCAUUGGUAUGGCACUUGGAGUCUGUUCAGCAACCGUGUUCAUGAUGCUGUGGGCUUGGAUCUAGACUUCUCAGAUGACGAUCAAGCUGUUAUGACUACCUUUCGACGAGCCCAACGCCGCCCGUCGAGUGAAAGCAGGGAAUUCCGCCGAUGGCAGCAGAGGCUGAAUAUCGCCAGUCGCCAAGGUGCUCGGGAUGCUUUCCGCGUGACAGUUCCUCGUGUUCGGUCCCCAACGCCAUCGAUGUCUGCUGAGACGAGACAAGAAUCCAGAGCUUGGGGGGCGUUUGAAAGGGCGAAAGAAAUGGAUACAGGGGUAGUAAAGAAUAGGAAGCGGAAGUCCAGAUCGUCAGCGACCUCAGCAGCAUCAUCGCCAUCUGAAAGUUCAUCCGAGUUACCCAGGGAACCAGAACGGAAGCUGAAGCGACCACGGACAAGGCGGGUAUUGACUCACCCCGAAUCAUCGUCCUCGACGUCAAUGGCACAGCCAACUGUGCAGCCAAACCGCCAAAUGUCUCCACCUCCACACCCGGCCCCGGAGUCGAACUCGGAACCCUCAUUCCUCUCGUCUCUUCUGAAGGAAGUUGAGAGGGGGGCCACGUCUGACGACGACACAUCUAGGACCACCUUCGGCGCGACGGCGGUGUCAGGUGGCUAUCGCGUUACCAGCCCAUCCAUUGAAUACUGUUCAACCGGUGCAUCACCAUCGCGGUCAUCAUCGCACACGCCCCGAGCCACAUCCAUCACACCACCUCCCCACAUAUCCAAACGACACGCCUCGCCUCCCCCACUCAGCUCACGGGUGGAACCUAUAUAUCCCCGCUCUGAUUAUUCACCCAAUCGAUCUCCGGGGGGAAGCUCCAAGAAAACCGAACAAGAUCCAUCUAGUCCUACAACUGAACUUCGACAACCACGACCAAGAAGACAAAAUCCAAGACCACUAGCCCUUUCGCGCUCACCAGAUUCCUCACCAGUCCGUACAACCAUGUCUGCUGAAGCUAAAGAGGGGAUCAAUAAGAUUGUCAAAUCUGCUCUUGCACCUUACUGGAGAUCUGCCGAGAUCAGCAAAGAGCAGUACGCCGACAUUAAUCGUGACGUAUCAAGAAAGCUGUAUGAGGUUGUUGCAGAUCGUGACACCUCUAACGACAAGGAGAAAUGGGAGAAGAUCGCAUCGGUCGAAGUUGCAACGGCUGUGCAAGGAGUGAAGAUUUAA